CAGGAGCAGAAGCGCGGUUCUGCCAUGAAGGUGAAACUGAAGAACGUUUUUGUCGUCUACUUCCUGGUGUCUGUCAUUGGCCUGAUGUAUGCACUGCUCCAGCUGGGGCAACCCUGUGACUGCACCCAACACCUGAAGUCAGCCAGUGACCUCAUCCACGCCAAAGAGAAGAAGGUCUCCCAGUUGCAGAAUGAGCUAAAGAGGCUGCAGGGACGAGAAAAAAUACCAGAGCCAGCAUCGCCAGCACUGCCCACCAUCUAUGUCAUCACACCCACCUAUGCUAGGCUGGUGCAGAAAGCAGAGCUGGUGCGCCUCUCCCAGACCUUGAUGCACGUGAAGAACCUUCACUGGAUUGUGGUGGAGGACUCGCCGGUGAAGACCCAGCUGGUCUCAGAACUGCUGUCCCAGGGCAACCUGCGCUUCACGCACCUCCACGCGGAGACGCCCAAGGAGCACAAGCGCAAGGAGAGCGACCCCAACUGGCUGAAACCUCGGGGGGUGGAGCAGCGCAACCUGGCCCUGCAGUGGCUGCGGGAGAACCGCGAGCUCAGCGAUGAAGGGGUGGUGUACUUUGCCGACGACGACAACACUUACAGCCUUCGCCUCUUCGAUGAAAUCCGCUCCACCAAGCGAGUCUCCGUGUGGCCCGUCGGCCUGGUGGGCGGCCUCCGCUUCGAGCGCCCCCUCGUCGAGGGCGGCAAAGUUGUGGGAUUCUACACUGCCUGGAAGCCCAACCGACCCUUCCCCAUGGACAUGGCUGGCUUUGCCGUGGCCCUCCAGCUGCUGCUGGCCAAUCGGGAGGCCCGCUUUGACUUGCUGGCCGAGCGUGGCUACCUGGAGAGCAGCCUGCUCCAGUCGCUGGCAUCUAUCGAGGAGCUGGAGCCCAAAGCAGACAACUGCACCAAGGUGCUCGUCUGGCACACCCGGACCGAAAAGCCCAAGAUGAAACAAGAGGAGCUCCUUCAGAAGCAGGGCCUGGGCUCUGACCCCAGCAUCGAGGUUUGACCUGGCCCCCACUCGGCUGUAAUGCUGGAACC